ACUAGACUCUCGUGUAUGUGCUUUUGGUAUUUCAGCUAUGAACUCGUGUGUACCAGACUACUUGAUCCAGGGAAAUGGUACUGUUUACACGAAUGAUUCCUGUUAUAAAAACGGGGGUCCACAGGAUUCAUCUUAGGAACGAAGCCAAAACGACAACCUUAGAGAGGUUAGUCCCUCAUCUCGGAACCCUCGAAACCACCAGGAAUCAACUGCACGAAGCGAAAGAACUUGCCAGGAAGAAUGAACAUGAUCUGAGGGAUCGGAUCGCUGAGCUCAAGGAAUCAAAUUUUGAACUGAGUGGCUCAUCAAAAGUGCAAGCUGCCAAGAUAUCUCAGUUGGAGAAGCAGAUUCAAAUUCUGGAAAAUGACAAGGCAGAACUGGCAAGACAAAGAGACCUGGCUUUAAAGGAAGUUGAAGACCGCAAGAUCAAAUCUCAAGCUCAAUUCGACGUCCUUGUUGGCAAGAUCAAAAAACUUGAAGGAGCCCGGGAUGAGGUUGCUAACGCUGCUGCCCCAAUUGUUCAAGCAAUGUUCUUUAAUAACAACGGCCCGAGUGCACUUGAUGCUUCUGAAAUUUUCGAUAAGCUGAGAGUUGCUCCGGAUACAUAUUUCAAGAACAUCAAAUAAGCUGGAAGUAUGGGAGCAAGUCUGGCGUUGGCGAUGACCAAAUCUCUUUAUCCAAGGGUUGAUAUAGAUGCCAUUGAUGGCUUUGCAGACGGGACGAGCGAAGAAGCUGCUCUUGACCUCAUCAGCGAUGCGCAAAAAGCCGCUGACAAGAUUGCUGCUGAUGUAGUUGAGAGAUUCCAGGACACCGAUCUUCGACCGACUGGUCCUGAUAAUUCUGAUGAUGAAAAGACUGACUGACUAAUGUACCAAUGAUUUUGAUGAUUAAUGAUGAUGGAGGCACAAUUUGUACAAUACUGAUGAAUUUAUGCGGUGCUUGAUAUCUUAACUUAGUUCCUGAUUUCUUAAAAGUUUUUGUCAAACCUUGUUGAGCCUAAAACCUGCAAAAGUUGUUAAAAAACUUUCAGUCCUCAUUGACUAAGCCAAGAAAUCAAACAAGGCAAUGAUA